CCAUUACAGCAUUGCCAUCCGGGGCUGUUUCAGCGGACCUGGGACAUUCCACCUAUCAGCCGGACCAUGAUGAGACUUACUCAUACUGUCAUUUCUCCGCUCCCUACUGUCAGGCACCGUCUAGCCAAUUUCCCUUGGAGCCAGUACACUCUUUUUCGAUGAACUCCUAUCUGCACUCGAAUUCGGUGGUUUCUCCUCAUUCUCCCCUUCACUCGCCAGUCGUUACGCCAUCUUCACCGCCUAUAAUGUCGUCAGGCCUGCCUUUCACUGCUCUCUCACAGCCGUUGCCACGUCACUGCUCUACCUCCCAACUGAUAUCCCAAUUUAACUCUGCCACUUCUCUCAACAGUUCGCAAUCGCUUUUUCAUCACUAUCCUGGCUCCUUUCCCAACUAUCCACUUCCAGUCUCUCCAUCUUUUCCCACUCCUGUCUCCGAUGCCCUGGCCAGCCUUUCUCCGCCGGACGUAGCAACCACUGCUUUUCCUGACCGUGACGUUCUUGUCGGCCACUUUUCCCAGCCACCAACCAUAUUUCGGCCGACCGACCCCGGCCAGGGGUCCCUGACGGGUUGGCUAGCUGAGCGAAACCCUCGUCCCUGCCAAUUUGCUCAGUUGAACGUGCUUCACAACCUUCCCAAGCAGCCAACCGCUCGCCAACAAGAUGAAGGGGACCCAUUUGCUGACGGCCGUCUCGUCUGCCAUGCUAUGAGCCCCGGGACUCCGACUGCUGCAGCCUCUGCCUCAGCGGCAUCUUCUCACUCUAAAACGGUGGGCGCAAGUUACUCGCAUUUUGAAGAUGUGGGCUCACGGACUUUUGAUCAACAAGCUCCGUCGUUCCCAAAGAGGCUACGGUGCCACUUAAAUGCCGACUCUGAGUCCCAACAGGCAAGUAUGGUCAAGCAGGCAAAAACUAGAAGUGAAUGUGAAGCGGGAAGAAGAGCUGAGACAACAGUAGAUGGCGGAGCACGACGAAUGAAACGGGGAGGGGUGGAAGAUAGAGUGGCGGGGUCAGCUGAAAUAGAAGAAGCAGCC